UGUUUAAUAUCAUGUCCAAAGACCUUUUUAACCAACUUCUAAAAAGGAGGAGGUUUAUCUCUUGUCUAAUUAUCUUGUUUCUUUCUCUUUUUCUGUUGUAAAUAAGGCAGCUACUGAUUUAGACGAGUUUCCAUUAUCGAAACACCUUUACAAUACAAUACAUAUAUAGCUUGUUCAAUUUUCCUAGAGAAAAUGAUCAGAUCAAAAUAAUUUACUCUUCUUUUAGGUUACUUUUACAACACGUCCUAAUUUUGAUUACAAUUCGAAUCUUAACCUUAUUUUAAAUUAGUUUGUACUGCAACUGGUCCAUAAUUGCUUAAUACGUCAAUUUUAUCAUUGUCUGGUUCAGUCAUUCGAUUUGCAUACAGCGGUCAUUUGUUUGUAAUACUACGUCUCGAAAUUCAGUACAAAUUUACACUCUGUAGAGCGACGGCCGUCAUUGCGCGAACAUUUUCAACACUGCACAUAAAUAUAACGUAAAAAUGACUAAAGGACAGUUCGAGGUGAAUCCAGAUCUUAAAAAGGAGAGAUCGAAAUGUAAUUUUAAUAUCCAAGAGGUCACGUUUAUAAUCGACGGUGGCAAAGACAAAACUAUACAGAGGAAAAAAAUUGAGGAUGUAGCAUUGACUGCUGCAGCUUCAAUAGAUAAGGUCCCAGAAGAGUGUCUCAAUCUUAAAGAAAGAUACGACAACGCAGUCAGGAAGUCCUGCGUCUACUCUAACAUUGUCAAGAAUGAGUUACUCGAAAUCACAGGAUUGGAAGCGCUCGGAACUCCGGUACUUCGGCGGACUGCAGAUGCAUUCUUUAAGGAUGUGUCACCAUUUAUGUUGCACUUGGGGAUGUUUGUGCCAACCAUCAUCGGGCAGUGCACGCCGGAGCAGCAGGCGCAAUGGCUGCCCAGGGCCUUGGAGAUGCAAAUCAUUGGCGCCUACGCACAGACAGAGCUUGGCCACGGUACAUUCAUACGAGGUCUAGAGACGACUGCUACAUACGAUCCUGAAACCGAAGAGUUUGUGCUGCACAGCCCGACGCUGACUUCAACCAAAUGGUGGGCAGGAGGACUUGGCAACACUGCAAAUCACUGCAUCGUCGUUGCACAGUUGUACACAAAGGGUCAGUGCCACGGCACACAUCCGUUUAUCGUCCCUAUUCGAGACCUUGACACCCACGAGCCUUUUCCUGGAGUGAAGGUUGGAGAUGUCGGCAUCCGUAUGGGAUUCAACACCGCUGACAACGGCUUCCUUAGAUUCAACCAGUAUAGGAUACCCAGAGAGAAUAUGAUGAUGAAAAACGCUAAAGUAUUGAAGGAUGGUACAUACGUGAAAGUGGCUCGCCAUGAAAAACUGACAUACGGGACAAUGGUGUUCGUAAGAGUUACCUUGGUUAUGGAAGCAGCAUUCAAUUUGGCAAAAGCUGCCACCAUUGCUGUAAGGUAUUCAGCAGUGAGACGACAAUCGCAACCUAAACCGGGAGAGCCGGAACCUCAGAUCUUAGACUACCCGACGCAGCAGCACAAGCUGUUCAUCUGCAUAGCAACAGCACACGCACUGCAACUCACCGGGCUGUGGCUGUGGCGGACCUUCGAGACUUUACUGGCCGACAUGAGGUCCGGCAAUACUGACUCCUUGCCAGAGUUGCAUGCACUAUCAAGCUGCCUGAAGGCUGUGAGCACGUCAGACUCUGCCGCCCUCAUCGAGCAGUGUCGCUUUGCGUGCGGCGGCCACGGCUACAUGCUGUCCUCUAACCUGCCUCUCUUGUACUCUUUUGUUACUGCAACGAGGACAUAUGAAGGAGAUUAUACAGUUCUACUGCUGCAGACGGCCAGGUUCCUAGUGAAAGCAUGGGAGCAGGCAGAGAGUGGCAAAGUUCUAACACCGACAGUGGCUUACCUGGCGCGUGCGGCAGCCAGGGAGAGAGCUGUAUGGAGCGACUCGGCUGAUGGGAUGAUACGCUCCUUCCAAGCUGUCGCUGCAGGUAAAAUAGCAGCGUGUGCGCAGAACAUAAAGCGACUUACUAAUUCUGGAACGAAUUUAGAAGACGCGUGGCAGCUGACAACCGUGAGAUUAGUUGCAGCAGCUGAGGCUCAUUGCCGCGCUAUGAUCUGCCAGGCGUACUGGCAUGAAGUGACGCGGCAGACAACAUCCAGCAGUACCAAUGUGAAGAUCGUAAUGGAACAGUUGGCAACGCUGUAUCUUGUUUAUUGGGCGCUGGAGACUACUGGAGACCUGUUAAGAUAUUCAACGAUAUGUGAAAAAGAACUGAAUAAGUUGCAGCUUAGAUACGAAGAGUUGUUGGCACUUAUAAGGCCGAAUGCUGUUGGUUUGGUGGACGCUUUUGAUUUCAGAGACGAGAUCUUGCAUUCAACGUUGGGCGCAUACGACGGCCGUGUGUACGAACGUCUCAUGGAAGAAGCACUGAAGAGUCCUUUAAACGAAACUUCCGUUCAAUCAAGUUUCCACAAAUACAUUAAACCGUUGGCGAAAGGAAAACUUUGAUGUAAAAAUUGUUUACACA